CGUUAUACCGGUAGGAACAACGACGAAGACAGAACUAUAGAAAUACCGCGUUCAUUGGUGUUAUUGAAAAACUGAUAGCUCGAAGGCGAGAUUUCCAACAAGGUGGGAGAAGGGGCCGAAGGCUAGGCUAAUUUACAGCGCAACAGAACACCAAACAGUGCCAUCAUGAGUCGAGAUUUCAAUCCAUUCGAUGACGACUAUCAGGAUGACAACUUUCAAGAUCGGCCCGUUGGUGAUAGCCAGGACCCACCAAUUGACACCACGGCAUCGUUCAACCGAGGGGACGAACUAGGGCAGAAUUAUACCAAAACACGCCAAGGAAGAUCGGCCCCUCUCUUAUUCUCGAAUCCGUUUGUAGACCAAGUAGGUUCGGACAGUGGUCUUGGCCUUGGUCCUACUGCUACCGAAAAAUAUUUAGAGGACUCUUUCGACCGCGCACCCAUACUCUCUCCUGACGCAAUUGCGUCUUCGCCGUCUUACAAGUCUCCGAAACGAAAUUAUAACGAAGCAGGAACGAUCGCCCAUAGUGAAAUGUCUCCUUUGUUACCAGACGAUUUAUCCCGGGGGUAUCAAAGUAGCUCGCCUUCCCUUAGGUCUGGACGGUCCCGUCGUCGCAAGAUAACGGUGCCUUCCAGAAUUUUCACGGGGCAUACUUCAGAGCCAUCGCCGUACGCACACCGACGAAGAUUAUCUUUAUCGUCGGCCGAAAGUAGAAGAUCAGGGAACUUCAAACGUCACCGCGGGGGCCACCAGAAAUCAGAUGUGGUGAUGAACGAACUCGCACACAGUGACGAUCACGAGCACCCAGAACAAGUUCAAAUGGAAUACAAGUACAUUUUGCUCGAAGAUCUCGGAACAGCCGCCUCGUGGGUAAUCUUGGUAUUGCCCUACGCCACGUUUUUCUUCAGCAUACUCCUGCUGUAUUUGAUCUCAGUUCCAGUCGCGGCUAUGGGAUCGACGGUAACGGCAUUGAGGAUUUCUUGCUUCUUGGUUACCUUUUCGUUUAUUGUCUUCUGGAUACGAAAAAUGGAGAUGGUUCAAUUGUGCAUCGGAGGUUUUUGCAAAAGGCUUCGAUGCCUUUAUUCUCUGGUUUGCAGAAACCUAUUCAGGGACGAUGAGAAAGGAGAUGAAAUAGAUGGCAAUACCGACGAAACAUACUGGUGGGAAAAUCCAUGGGUUUUGUUUCCGGAAAGAUACUAUGUUCUACCUCUCUUAGUAUCGUCCCUAUUGGUUCUAGAACCAAUCCUUGUGGUGAUCUACUUCUAUCCGGCCCUUGGGACCCCCACCUUGUAUUCAAUAGCUCAUGCCUCUUCUGAGGUUGGGAUACAAGCCUGCGCCUUUAUCUAUUUAUGCUUAAUACAAGGUUUCCGAUACCACACAGGGGAACGAUCGAAGCGAAGAGCAGAACUUCAAAGGAAAGCCUUGCAACUCCGUAGAGCUGUCAAGUUCGUUGACGAAUGCAAGGACGAGCACAAGAGUUUUAUUGACAGUCCAAAGGUUGUGCAAAAUUAUUACGACGAAUUUGGAGACAUAGACGGGAGUGCCUUCACGGGACACUUGCGCCUACCCAACGAUCCUUGUGCCGAUGGGUGGGCAGAUUUCCUGUUGCCCAAGACUUUCCUUUUGGCAAUAGGGGUCUUGUCGGCAUCAAUGGUAUCAUUCAGCAUGGCACCACCAGGUGGGGACAAAGGUUUCCGAACCUUAUUCGUUUUCGGCUCGAUAAUAUACGCGAUGACGCUCUCCGCUUGGACCCUCUUGACAAUUGCUGCACUCUAUACAACGGGACAAAAAUUGAAACGUGAACCUUUUCUUGGUACUCGUCCUGCCCAGCUUGCGUACCGAAUAUUGUUUGCUCAUUCUGGACUUGCUAUCAUUGGCCUCUGUAUAGCUUCCAUGCAAUACAUCAAUCAGAUUAAAAUGGCCUUGAAGAACGAAACUAUUUCCACGAUCAUAGAGCAGGAGAACAGGUCUGUCGUCUAUCUCGAAGACAUUUCCUUUCCGGGUAUGUUCGGGAGACUUAUUUGCUUAACUGCACAAGUUGUAAUCACAGCUUUUAUUUUUCUUCCUCCACACACAAUGGAUUUUGAAGAGGAUUUCGACGACGACAAAAAUGAACUAACAGAACUUCAGAUAUUGAGCAAAAAAAGGAGAGACAAACGCUUGGUUGUUCAUUUGGCAAAAGAAUCCAAGACCUGGCGCAUUUUUCCGUGCCCGAUCCAGAAUCUAGAUGAGUCAAACUCCCUCUUUCAGGACGACAUGUUUCAACUGUACAAAGACUUUCAUACCGACCGAGAUACCCACCAACGAGGACUGGUUUCGAUUGGACCAUAUACUCCAGUGUUCUGUGCCGAAUUGGCAUGUUGGCUGAACGAAGCCUCUUGGCAAGCAUACAAUUCUCCUGUAGAAUCAACGGAAAGAAAAGACUUUGGGAAUAUCUUUGACAAGGAAGAUUUCGUGGGUUGGAUGAGACUUGAUUUGAUUGGGCUGCAAUUGGAGGGUUACGUAUACGACGAACGGACAAGUACACAAGCCUACAUCGCAACAAAUAGUGCUCCACAAGUUGACGGAGAAGAAGACAGUAUCAUCGUAGUCGCGUUUCGUGGAACAUCCGACGUAGCGAACGUGAAAACAGAUUUUAGGUUCAGGCAGGUACGUAAGGUUUGCAAAUUGGCUUUUUAACCCUAGCAAAGCUUUGUCGACUUUCUCUUGAAUCAUGAACUGCAAUAAUGCUUUUGUGACUAUUGACAGUAAUGUACUGACAAUAAAUGCGAUAAUGACCACUCGUUUGAAAACAAAAGGUACCCCUGCACGACCAAAUCACAGGUAUCGGAGAAAGCUCGUUUCGCGUGUUUCCUGAUCGAGUCGAGAUUAGUGAUGCCGACGGAUGGAUAUGGGAUACCAAGACCACAAAAAAAAAUAAUGAUGGGGAGUACGUCAAAUGUGUCGACUGUUGGACAGAGGCUGCACCGCCAUGCACACCUACUCACACUGCUAGUACACCAAAAGCAGGUGGUAGAAACAGAACCUAUUCUGUUGGUGGCUUCGAUGGAGUUGUCUCGAAGGAUACUGUAGAUAUUUUGAAGGGGGCUCCCCUUGCACGUAACAGUUUCCCUAUGGUCCACGAGGGCUUCCAGGAUGCUUACAGUGAGAUCCGACAGCAACUGUUCGAACUCCUGUUGCCGGUCCUCCAACGUCAACUGGCUAAAUCGACCGAAUCCUCGACCCGAGCAGCUGGAAAGGAACCUCUGGCUCUCCCUAAAAUUUAUUGUACAGGUCACAGUUUGGGAGGAUCAUUAGCUCAACUGUUUGCUUUGGAUCUAGCGGCAAAUUGCGAGCUUGUUUUGCCGCACCGCCAAUCGCAGUCUCGAUCUUCCCCUUCACCAACACAAAACAAAUUAAGAGAACAAGCUGGAUUCUUCCCAACACUUACUGCGGUGACCGGACUACCGCCGAAAGAUCUACGGUUGCAACCAGCCGUCGGCGUUUAUACCUACGGCCAGCCUCGCGUGGGUAACAAAGCGUUUUCCCGGCUCUAUAAACAGCGAGUCCCCCAUUCCUUCCGGGUAGUGAAUGAGGGCGACGCUAUAACCACGAUUCCAAACUACUUGUGGUGCGGUGGCCUGUACAAACACGCUGGUCUCGAGGUUAUUCUGGACGCGGGCAUGACGGGAAACGUUUUGGUGGGACCGACGGUUGUGGAGACCCUCUUCAGGUUUCACAAGGUCCGAACAAACGUCAUGGCGCACCAGAUGCAGCGCUAUCGGGAGUGCCUGGAGUGCAUCUUCGACCCGAGUGAACUUUUAGAAUACUAUCGCGACCACAACGUUGCCUACGAAGAAUUGCGCGAUGUUUCGGGCGGCAACGACGAAAAACGAAAGCAAGAGGAACGCCGUCAAACAAAGGAAAAUCGCCCGAUGGACGGAUUAGAUUGGAACUUGGACAGCCAUAGGAAGGAAACAGGCGUGGUCGAAACAGAUGAAUUGAAUUGGUACAGCUAGAUCUAACAAUGAAUUCCAACAGAAGAAAGAAUCGCAAUUUGC